GCAACAUGAGUUGAGUUAUAAAACUGAAAACUAUAGAAAAUAUUAUUUUUUCUCUUUUUAUUUCAAAUAUGAAUUCGUCCUUAGUUCAAAAUGGACAUACGUCUGCAUUUACGAAUAGAAAAUAAAACCAAGAUGCAGCAACGAAAAUUAGGGAUAUUAAUAGUUUUUGCUUUGAUAUUUUGGGACUUUCUUUUUUCGUCAUCAAAAGUAAUUUAUUUUGGAUUUGCUUCCCUUCAAUAGUGUCAGCAACCAUUUUACUAUCAACAUGAUCAUCUAUCACGUUUUUUGCUAGUAAAAAGGUUUAAAGAAAAACUGGUUUAAGAAUUCAACGAGAAAAUCUUCAUAGUUUCGUACCAACUGUAAAUAAAAUUUGGUGCUCUGAUAAUGAUGAAACUAUUUUGAAAAUAAGCAUCCAUUCUAAUACCACUGUCCAAAUGAAAUGAAAUACCAGUUUAGUGAACUUUCAUGGCUUUAUUAACAACUGUCAAAUUCCUUUUACACCAAAAGACUUAUUCAAAUUCUUGAAAUAAUUUAUACUUCGAAAUAGUUGACAGCCACCAACAAUUAUUUACAAAAUACAAAUACAUUGAUAAAAAAAAAUCAGAUGCUCAAUGUAACUAGGACGAAAUUUUGGUAAACGAAUGUUCGGGGCCACUGAAGACCUUCUUUCUACAGACAUGGAGCACGUAAUGAAUAGAAUUAGCUUUCCGAUUCUGUCAUUGUACUCAGCAAAGAACUCACAGUAAACGCAUAAAAUUUAUCAUAAAAUGAGAGAAAUAUUAUCAUUUUUCCGAAAAUCAGAUUUUACAAUGGAAGUUGAAUUUGAGGAUUUCUUCGUUCUUUCGGUGCAUGUGGAAGAUUGAUAUAAUAAACUGCAAUUCAAAUCGAUUUACACACAACAGACGUGAAUGUUUCCUACAUUCCAUUACGAAUAUAGCUUGAUUAAUCAAAGACAUUAGGUGUAUUAGCGCUUACUUUUACUGUUAAUUUCCAUUAAACAUGGCGACUACUGAAGGUAAAACUACAUUUAAUAAGAUGCAAGAGCAAGUAACUCCGAGCGAAAUAGUGGCGGAAGACGCGAGUCAACUAAUAUGGCAGUAUAUGUCUCCACUAUUACUGGCGCUAGGGACAAUCGGAUCAGUACUAUCAAUUUGUGUAUUACUCCGCCCCAAGAUUCGAAAAAUUACAUCUAUGUAUCUCUUGACACUUCUUUCUUUCGCUGAUUUAAUCGGUCUUUGGCUGGGACUUCUCAGACUCUAUCUUUCAAAUGUAUAUAAUUUCGACAUACGCCUUCAGUCUGAUUUUCUUUGCAAGAUACACACUUUCCUUGUCUAUUUUGUUCUUGAUUUAGGAUCCUGGUUGCUGGCUUUAAUUGCAAUCGAGCGCUUUCUCUUAAUAGUUCGUCCUUUCAUUGCACGCGACCACUGGAACCGAUCAAAAGCUACACUAACAGUGAUAGCCACCGGCAUUCUUCUAACAAUAGUCAACGGUCAUUACAUAAUAACUUAUCGUUUAACAAAAGUGACUUGCGCUUAUAAUAUCGAUGAAAUUUAUUGUAAUGAUAAUUGGGACGCAACCUAUUUAAUAAAAAGAAAUUAUUCUGAUGACAACGAAUACGUGACCUAUCGAAUCCCUUUAUCAACUCCACAGAUGACAGAAAACGUUGCCUGUAAAUCGGAUGAUGGAAAGAUGUAUUUUUAUAUCAAUGUUUUCCCGUGGAUAGAUUUCCUCUUCUUUUUCUUCUUGCCGUUUUGUAUAAUGGUCAUUAGUCACGUGUUCAUCAUUGGCAAAGUUCGAAAAACUAAAGUAAAAAUGCAAAAGAAAAGAAUGCCAAGAUGUGCUACAUCAGCGACACCAGCAACCGAUCAAAUCUCAACAGUCACGGAAACUACGAGAACAGCCUUUGCGGGCAUCGUGGGUAAAAAAGAAAAUACCCUACUGCCAAAUAAUUCUAAGCUUAAUGGAACCGAAGUGAAUAAAGGUUCAAAAGAACGACAAAGUAAUCAGAUGUCGAAAGUGGUCGGUCUCUCAGCAAUGUUACUGUCUGUGUUAGUGGCAUUUGGUCUCACAACAUCUCCUAUCACCUCGUUUCUCAUCUGGUCUCGUUUCGAUGAGGAAGAUAACUCGGCAUAUUAUAAUAUUAGCUGGGCUGUUGUUAAUAUGGUCCAGUACACGAAUAACGUAUCACAUUUCUUCCUUUUCAUUCUCACCGGAACGACAUUCCGCCAAGAACUUUUGCAAAUGUUUAGAGGUGUUUCCAUAUUUUUCAGACGGAAAACGGAUGUAACACCCUUUGGAUAGAAGUAAAAAAACGUUUUGUAUUCUUUAUUUUU